AUGUUGUGGCCCUUCAGGCGUGGAAUUUCUGGAGGGAUUUUCCAACAAGGAGCCCUGACAAAGCCAACGUUUUUCAACUCACUGCUUGGACAUCCUGUAUUUCAGAACUUACACAUAAAAGUUGGAGACAAAGCUGAACUCAGCAAAGCUUUUACACAGAAUGAUGUAGUUACUUUUUCUUAUUUAACAGGCGACACAAAUCCUUUGCAUUUAAAUGAAGAGUUUGCAAAGAAAUCUAGGUUUGGGAGAACUGUUGUCCAUGGAGUUCUGAUCAAUGGACUUAUUUCUGCAGUUCUGGGUACCAAAAUGCCUGGUCAAGGAUGUAUAUUUCUUUCCCAGGAGAUUCGUUUUCCAGCUCCUUUGUAUGUUGGUGAAGAAGUCACAGCUGCAGCAGAAGUGAAACGACUGAAGGGUUCUGUUGCACACAUUUCUGUAUCGUGUCAGGUCAGAGAAAGUGGGAAAACUGUUAUGGAAGGGAUGGUGAAAGUCAUGGUGCCAGAGGGUUAGAGCUGUUCAUCAUGUACAACUUGGUUUGGAGUCUCUUUUUAUGUGACAUCACUAAAACCAGUACAUUUGCAAUAAAAGCCUUUCAGAAUGUCUGAAAGUGCACAAACUUAA